AUGACGACCACUACCCUCUGUUUUCCGUAAUAUUUAAUGAAGACGCACCGACCUCUGGCAAGACUCUCCCGACAGCUGUGAUGAAGACCCUUCUCUGAGUGUCCGGCUACAUAUACAGUGUAGUACACAUCCAGUUUGUUCCUAGUGACUCUUGCCCUGCAGUGAGACAACGAUUAAUCGUAAGUUCUUUUAGUGAAAUUUGACACAAUGCCAAACGUAGAUGUGACUAACCUCUCUGACGUGCUAAGAAAGGGCCCCGGGGUAUGCCGAGGCGAUAAUUCUGGUUACCACAGUCAAAUAGUUGAAGAGCGUGGCCAUGACAGCAAGCACUUUGCUCGUACUAACACAGUAUGGGAUGAAGAAAAUGCUUUAAAUAACAAAAUACCUGUUGAAGAAUAUGACUGUCGUGGAAACAAACCUAAGAACGAUGUUAUUUGUGAUAGUAAAAAGAAUUGUGCGAGGGGCGGUUGUCAUGGCAGCAGUUGUGAAAUCAAGGUUCAAGACAAUGGUGUGGGAAAACGCGAAAGAAGAAAAUACUGGCAGAUAAUGUCUGUCGUCAGUGGUUUCAUUGUCAACUUGUUUGCUGGUGGACUCCCGAACAGUUACGGAAUAAUGUACACCUACAUGAAAGAACCUCUUGGUGUCACGGAGGAGGAACUCUCCUGGAUAGGAUCUCUCAUGAACGGUUUUAUUGGUAUUUCAUCGGUUCUCGGGAUGGUGUGUCUGGACAGCCUUGGAGCCCGACGCACGACUAUGUUGGGAGGGGUGCUGGCCACAACUGGUUUUAUCAUCGGCAGUCAGAUGCACAACCUAUACGUUUUGUACUUCUCAUUUGGAGUUCUGCCUGGAAUAGGUAUAUCCCUUGGUUACACGGCUAACAUGGUGAAUGUCAACACACAUUUUUCCAAAUGGCGGCCUUUAGCCAUUGGAGUUUCUAUUACCGGGAUAUCUGUGGGUAUGCUAAUCUGGCCACCCAUGUGUUCCCUUGUUUCCGACACGCUGGGGUGGCAGGGUACUUUCCUCAUCAAUGGAGCACUGACACUGCAUUUCAUACCAUGCGCACUGUGGAUGACACCCAGCAAUAGCAACGAUUUCUCCAAUGGUCAAAGCCUCUCCGUCAGCCAGACAUUGGUCAACUGCUUCCAGAUAUUCAGGAUACCAGGAGCAGUAACUGUCUCCAUCGCUCACGUCACCCUCGGCUUCAGCUACUACACAUUCUCCACCUUUAUUCCUGAAUAUGUUACAACCUCAAUGUCCAGAUUGACGGCAACACAAGCUGCUCUCGUAGUGACAACUCCGGGAUAUGGCAGCAUGGCUGGUCGUAUUUUAUUUUCCGGCAUUUCCAUGUCGACUGUCAAGGCUACAAACUACAUAUUUCUACUUUCAAUCUGUGGGAUGGGCAUCACCAACCUCUUAAUUCCGCUGUGUGCAAAUGCUACUGCGUUUUACAUAAACGGGGCGGUGUAUGGAUUAACCUUGGGAGGCUUUUCUAGCGUCCUCCCUCUUGUGUUAGUUCAACUGUUUGGACUUCAUAAUUUGUCAAAAACAUUUGGCACGUUUAUGAUGUGCUUAGGGUUUGGGGCAUUUGGAGGAUCACCUAUACAAAGUUACCUAGCAAAGAAAUAUGACAGGGAUACCCCGUUCUACCUUGCCGGGAGUUCGUUUAUCCUGACGAUGCUGCUGCUGUUGUGGGUAGUGAUGAGGAAGCAAAUGGCGUUGUGCACCAGGAAGUCAGACAAUCUGGAAGUGGAAGGUGUUGACAACUGCGGCUUUAGCACCGGCGGGCCACAUACCACGGUCUGACAUCUGGAUGGAAGGACACUGCAGUCUGUGUAUUGAUGGUCCUGAUGCUACAUGAAGGCGGCUUUAGCACCGGCGGGCCACAUACCACGGUCUGACAUCUGGAUGGAAGGACACUGCAGUCUGUGUAUUGAUGGUCCUGAUGCUACAUGAAGGCGGCUUUAGCACCGGCGGGCCAGAUACCACGGUCUGACAUCUGGAUGGAAGGACACUGCAGUCUGUGUAUUGAUGGUCCUGAUGCUACAAGCAGUCGACACGUGUAGGGACUUAUGGCGAUAUACCUUGACGACCGUAUGUCCCUGGGUACACAUAAUACUCUUGGACUAGCGAAUGAGUCACCAAGUGAAGAUGCAGAUCAUGUAGGGAUGUUCAAUGUUUGUUUUUCUUUGAUGUUCUAAUUUAUACAUGCAAUGUAGCUGAUAGUAUGUGAAGAAUAAA